GUCUUGGUCUCUACUAAAGCUCUGCAAGCAUCCAAACGGCACCUGAUAUAAGUAAAAUUUGAAAACCCUAAUACCCGACUUCCGCCCAAAGCCGAGCCCAGCUGAGAUUUUCUCACCUCUUCUGGCUCUCUCUCCGCAUCGGCGGGAGCUUUUCGAGGAUUAGCAAGGAUGGUGAGAGUUAGCGUCUUAAAUGAUGCUCUCAAAAGCAUGUACAAUGCUGAGAAGCGAGGAAAGAGACAAGUCAUGAUCAGGCCGUCCUCGAAAGUGAUUAUUAAGUUCCUUCUUGUCAUGCAGAAGCAUGGCUAUAUCGGUGAGUUCGAGUAUGUUGAUGACCACAGGUCUGGUAAAAUAGUGGUUGAGUUGAACGGGAGAUUGAACAAAUGUGGAGUCAUCAGUCCCCGUUUCGAUGUCGGUGUCAAAGAGAUAGAGCCUUGGACUGCAAGGUUGCUUCCCUCCAGACAGUUUGGCUAUAUCGUGCUGACGACAUCUGCAGGCAUCAUGGACCAUGAGGAGGCGAGGAGAAAGAAUGUCGGUGGUAAAGUCUUGGGCUUCUUUUACUAAAUAUUCUAUCUAAGAUAGGAAUCAUAUAUUUUUGGUUGCCGGUGAGGGUUUUUUUGGCUGAAUUUUGCAACUCUCUGGAUGAGAUUUCCUGUCUGUCAUAUGAUAUGCAAGUAAAAUAGGUAUUGUUUUCCUCUGCUA